AUGCUUUCCGAGUACUCUGGAUCGAUCGACGAUCAAACUCCUAAUGUCAGUCGUCCACAAACUACGAUGUCCAAAAUUCCCUCCGACAGGCUCUCCCCAGAAGAUUUGGAAAGUAGGCCGGAAUCACGUCUUCCCAGCAUUACCACCCACGCCACAGCUCCCACCCCGACCCUUGUGGACGCCGGGAUGAACACACCCUCUCCCUGCGAAGAGCUAUCCAGCGUUGAUAGUUCUAGGCACAGAGUCUUAGAUAUGUUUACACCGCGUGCAUCCACGUCUAAUGAUCAGAAGGUUGUUGAAAGUGUGUCCGACAAUGUGAAACAAGAGGUCUUUGAGGAGUCUCCCCGUGGUUCAUACAAAUUGUCAACGCCACAACCAUCCUUACGAUCUAUAUCCUCUGCAGACUUGCCGCUGUCUGAAAUUGAAUUUUUAGCUAGGCCGCCAAGUUCCGUUUCUGUGAAAUCGGGUGUACCACUCGCCAACGAAUUAGGGGUUUCACGUCCUCAGUCAGCCACUCCGUUAUCAGUGAUGGAGGACGCUCGAGAUGGUGCAUCUAGCGGUACGCUCUCAAAGUCCUCCCCCCGCAUCAAGUUCACAGGACGUGAACUGUUAUCACCUGCUCUCAGUCCGGCUGAAGGACCCGAAUCCCGGUCAGAGCUGCCCAGUGCUCGUAGUCAUGCUGCAGAUGACCUUGUUACCACAGAGCACGCAUCUGCGGAUCUGGCGAUCACCGACAAGGUGUCUGCGAAGAAUGAAACACCGCGGAGCGCGGACGAUUUUACCACUAAGGGGCAGACCUCGGCUGCUUCUCAACUCGAUGUGAAAUCUCCCCAUUCAUCUGAAUCAUCCCAGAGCGCAGCAGAUGCCCCUGUCGCUGAAAAGGACGACGAGCGAUCGAAAGUUGGAUCCCCAGCCGUAUCCUCACUGGAACUUCAGAGUAAUGCUGAUAAUGCAGUCGAGCAACAACCUACGAUCGUCGCAGAUGCUGGCGAUCCGUCUUUGGCUCCUGCUACGUCUACAGUUGAUGAGUGUACCUUGCUGAUGGCCGAAGAAUAUGACAUCAACGAAUCCUCUCUCAGUGAUGACGAUGACGACGAAGAUAAUGACUCGGCCUGCGAGAGGAUACUCCAACUCUCUUUAUCCCCGUAA